AUGCGAGAUAAUGUUCGAUCGUUUGUCGAGAUCGCAGCCGAGGUGUUUCAACUCCGCGGCCCGGUGUACGAGUUCGGCUCGUUCCUCGUCGAGGGCUCCGGGGCCGAUGCCAACCUGCGAACGGCCUUCCCCGGACGAAAGUUCAUCGGCUGCGAUAUGCGGCCCGGGCCGGGGGUCGACCGAAUCGAAGACCUGAGCUGCCUGCAACUGCCCGACGAUACGGCUCAAACCAUCGUCUGCGUCGAUACGCUCGAGCAUGUGUUCAACGCACAACAAGCGGUGAGCGAAAUGCUACGCGUGCUGGCCCCCGGUGGGGUGUUGGUGGUGGCCGUCCCGAUGCACUUCCGCGUGCACGACUAUCCGGCCGAUUACUGGCGGUUCACGCCGGCCUGCAUCGAUCGCUUGCUCUCACCCCUGGCCGGCACCGUGGUCGUUUGGCAGGGGCUGGAGAACUAUCCCCACACCGUGAUGGGCGUGGGCUGCAAGGCACCCGUUACCGGCGAGUUCGCCCGCGGCGCGAAUCAACUCAUCGAUCGCUUCCAAGAAGAACUGCGUCGCUGCGAGGCAGACCGACCGUUGGCGGAGAAGCUGAAGGACAUGACCCUCGGCUGGAUCCGCGGCAAAGGCGAACGGCGGCGAAAGCGAGAGUAUCACAAGGCCCGCUUCAUGUUGGAUGUACCCGUGCAUCGCGACUCGCUGGCCCCCUUCACCAAACUGGCCGGCGGUACCUACGACGUUUUGAUGCCGCUGGCCGAAGCGGGCGUGAUGCCGAACCUGGCACGAUUCAUGCAAACGGCCGCGCUGGCCGAGUUGCAAUCGACCGAGCCGGCCAUUACCCCGGCCGCCUGGACGACGUUUCAAACCGGGUGCGACCCGUUGCAGCAUGGCGUGGUCGACUUUCGCUAUCUCGAUCACACCACCGGAGAAGUGCUUUACAACGCGGCCCCGCAUGUCGAACAGCCGACGUUGUUCGACCACGUCGCGGCCUCCGGAGCGGCCAGCGUCUCGAUCAACCUGCCGAUGACUUCGGCCGACUGCGCCUCGCCGGGCAGCAUCAUCGUCGGCGGGCUCGAUCUGCCUUCGGCCGCGGUGGCGAUGCGGCCCUAUCCGAAGCUGGCCCAGCGACUUCGCGAGAAAGACGUCGACUACAACCUGCGGGUCAUCUGGAAGCACCGGCCCGAAAGCUACGAAGCCUUGUCCACCGGUGUGGCCGACACGAUCGAUGCGUUUCGCAGUCGUACCGAAGCGGCCCUGGCGGCCGACUCGAUGGUUGAUUGGCGACUGAUGGUCGUGCAGUUCCAGAACCUCGACUCUUUGCAACACCGCUGUUGGCACUUGUUGGGAUUGGACCAGUCCGGCGGUGGAUCGCCCGAGUGGGUGGCCAAAACCCGCGAGGCAUUCGCCGGGUUGGAUCGCUGCCUGGGCGAGUUGUUCGAACUGGCCGACCGUCACGGGGCCGGCGUCACCGUGCUCAGCGAUCAUGGCUUCGGUGAGUUCCGCGAAAAGAUUUGCGUCUCGGAACUUCUCCGACGCAACGGCUUCUUGCAACAAGGAUUGUCGAGUCGCGCCAGGUACUCAGCGGCACAAGCGGUUUGGAGAUUUAAGAAGUGGGUGCAUAAACGUCUCAAGCCCGGCUUCAACACCGCGCGACUUGUGCGACAUCCCGAGAUGCUGCUGCCCAUCGAUUGGCGACGCAGUGCGGCCACCUGUCUGCACGGCAACUUGGCCGGCCUGGUGUACUUGAACACGCCCGAGCGGUUCGGCCGCGGAGGACUCACCGGCCAGUCGCAGCGCGAGCGGGUCAGUGCCGAGAUCGCCGAGAUGUUCCUCGAUGUCACGCAUCCCGACACCGGAGAAUCGCUCUUCGCCGACGCGUACUGCACGGUCGACCGCAUCGACCGCGACCCGAUCGAAGCGAUGUUGCCCGAGGUGAUCGCCAUCCCCAGCCCAGGGUUUCACACCCGACAGAAGUUCGACCAGACGGGUCGCAUCAUGCGUGGCGACCCUUCGCUCACAGGCACACAUCGCGCCGAGGGUGUGUUGAUGCUCGGCGUUCCGGGGGCUACGCUGGGGGAAAGACAUCAGGCAUCGUUGCGCGACGUAGCUCCUACGAUUCUGCACCUGCUGGGGCUUCCCGCGGGCCCUGAGAUGCAGGGAACGAUUCUCGACGGCAUGUUCGCCGACAGCGGGUAUGGCGUUGGGACUGGUACCGAGCGGGUCAGUGGGCCCGUCAUCCGAAGGCAAGCACCGAUGGUGGGUUCAUCCACGCCGUCGGAGCUGAUCACAAGGCGGCUGCGAGAGUUGGGUUAUCUCGAAUAG